CCCUGCAUUAGACAAACAUUUAUUGUAAAAUAUGGCAUAAGAAACUGUACAAGUUGUAUACUCAAAAGUCGUUUAAUAGGAAUCAUUGAUGACUUAAAUUAGUUAAAUCAAAAAACACCACAAAAAACAGAAAAGUUAGAAAUGCGAUAAAGCCUAAACCUUGUAAAUUUUUAAUUAGAAAGCUUUAAUAUCUAAGCAUGGUGGAAAAUCUGCUCAACAACACCUGUUCUUCAGAGCAAUAUGUCAGCCCGUGAUAUACAAUGUAGUAUACUUUCUGGUUUAGAUAUCCUCUUAAAGAGACACUCAAUGCAAAAUAAAACUGCUUAGAAUUUCUUAAAGAGUAGGAUUAAUUGGAAUCUCGUCUACUUUCAUGUCUAUUCAUGUGGAAAACGUUGAAGGUUUUAUUUAUGUUAAGUAAAAGAAAUGACACGGGACUCUUUCAAUUGCAUAGACGAAGUCUCGUUCUCCGUCACGUGACCUAAUGACAUAUGACAAAGAUUGCUUACCAAGUGAGACAGUUUUCUAUAAUUUUUUAAAAUUUGAAACGUUCACUUUAAAACCCAAACUAACUCACGAGACACCACCGAUCAAACCCUAGCAGUGAUCACCGACACUUGCUGUCUGUCUUGGUCGUCUGCUUAUUUAACAAUUCUCUUUUAACUCUGUUAUUGGUUUCUAAGCAACUGCCAUCAGCAAGUCUAUAGAUAACACAUCCCAUCGCACAACAAGGAAGGACAAUCGGUUUCCCUACACUUGUAACGAUAAUUUUCUUCCACUUAAAGUGGUGUACUUCCGUUGAAACCGGAAGACAUUGAAGAUCAUCAUACUGUAAUCUGUCAUUAGCCUCGUUUUAAAUAGGUUCCUUUUCUGUCUGUCUCGCAGGCUGAAACAACCGGUGGGUAACUAAACAGUGAAUAGCUUCGCUGGAAGGGGGAACAAAUCACCAAAAAAACAAAAAAUCACCCACAAAUGUUCCUGCAAAAUCGGUCUCACUUCCUCGUGGGAGGGUUCCUGGUGUGUGUUAUCUGCGUCCUCCUCUUCAUCUACCUUCUGCCAACCUACCGACACUGGUCUCAGCAUAUGUCUUCAGACGUGGAGCCACAGUCGAGUAACGACGAGUCCAGAAUGUUCCAUGCAGACCGGUCGGGAUGCCCAGAAUGCACUUCAGCAUCGCAUGUGAGGGAACAGCGCAACACCUUAUCCAAAAUGCUGAACGAUUUAAAACGACAGUUGGGACAACUAGAGUGCGACAAGGCGAAACUACAAAACAAAAAAGAUGUGUCCAGCAGUGGUGGAUGGUGCAAAGAAGAAAGUGAUCCCAAGGAAUCUAAAGCUCACCUGUUUGACCAGAAAAUGGCGGAUUCUCUCGGUCACUUCCUGUCCGGCCAGCGUGUUGGAAGCUUUGGUGACGGUCCAGGAAAAUACAAGGAGUAUCUCCUCCAACAGGGGCUGGUCGCCUCCUACGACGCCUACGACGGGGCCCCCUUCUGCGAAAACGUCACAUCCGGGGCUGUCAAGUUCAUGGACCUGACGCUUCCUCAGUUCGGACUUCUGGUGUACGACUGGGUCGUCAGUCUGGAGGUGGCGGAGCACGUGCCUGCACGCUUCGAGGUCGUGCUGGUCGACAACAUCGCGCGCCACGCGCGGAAGGGCAUCGUGCUGAGCUGGGCACAUCCGGGGCAAGACGGGUUUCAUCACGUGAACAACAAGAGCCCUGAAGAUGUUAAACGCCUGCUGGACGAAGCUGGUUUCCAUGCACAUGACAACGACAGCUUGUCGUUAAGGAAAAGCUCAACAUUCUUUUGGUUUCGAGAAAAUAUCUUCGUGUUUAGAAGAAAAUCGGAAGCCAGUCUAAUAGAAGACGAUGCAUAGACAGGGAGUCACACUAGAAUUAAAGGGUAUUUAGUGGAAGAGUUUAAAGUCUCGUUAUUUCAACUUUUGAGACAGGACAUUUAAAGACCUAGAGGGUUGCAUUUUUUUUUUAAAUUCUGUGAUUGGGUGAAGGCUCAGUACAAAGUCUCAUGUCACAAACUCUGGUUUUAAUCGCUCCUUUGUUCUCGAGAUACCACGAUGCCUACAAACAACACUACUAUGCACAGGUGGAAGUAAAAUUUGUGGAGACACGUUUAUGCACAGACAGGUCAUUAUAAUUUUAUGGUCCCAGCUCUUCCCCUGGCCGUAGCCUUGACUAAUUCAAGGUAUCCAUAGACAUUAAAAGGCCCACAUGAACUCAGAAAUAUACAACACGUAUCCUGUGAAGCCAUCUGCUUUCUUUUUUUUUUCUUCUUCUUCUUUUUGUGUGUCUAUUUUGAGCUGCAUUUAUGAAUCGUAGCUCCUGAGUUUACAUCUCAUCUUGGGACAUGUUGAUUGAUUGUCAAAAUUUUAAGUUUACGCGUGGCUGCUGUUUAUUUUAUUUUUUCCUCUUCUUUUCUUCUCAAAGACUUUCUGUUUUGAUGAUUAUUACACAUGAUUUAUGCUCACGAAAUAAUAUGGAAAUAAAGGGAAGACAUGCUAUGCAAUGAGUUGAAUCAGCAGAGGUAUCAAA